AAACAAAGCUCACACCUUUCUUCUUCAAGAUUAUUUUCAUUUCCCAUUCAUCAAACACUCUUUUUCUCUUUCACCCUUCUCUUAUCUCUUCAUAAAGUUUCAAUCUUUCUUCCAUUUUCUCCAACCCCUCUUUUUCAUUUUUCAUUUUCAUUCACCUUUUCUCAAACUGAUUCUCACUGCAAAUCACUUUUAAAGAAUCUCUACUCAACAAAAACUGGUGGAAAAUUUCAAUGAUGAAGUUUGAAAGUGCUAUUGAGCUACAUGGUCUAAACAUUGGAGCCUAUAUAUCAUGCACAAAAAGCAAAGCUAGUGAGAUAUGAAAGGGUGAGGAGUGAGGUGCAUUUUGAACUUGAAGAGGGGUCUGCUACAAACUACUGUGAUAACAUCUUCUUGCUUUCUGAGCCACUAAAAGGGUAUCUGAUUCUUCACUGAUUUAUUUGAUACUACUUUAAGAAUGUACUUGUAGUGUAGAAAUAGAAUCACUCUUAAAUAUUGGUGAUAAGAUAAUAAAGAAGAAAGAAAGAAGAUUCUGUGAACGUUAGAGAAGUUUUUGAAUUUGAGAGUUUGUGAUAUAAAGGUUUGAAUUUGAGAGUUUGUGAUAUAAAGGUUUGAAUUGGGAGCAAAUAUCUAUCUUACAUGAUUUUUGAGACUUGAAUUGAGAGUUAAAACUUUUCAGCAAGGUAGUUUUUUGUGGCGUUGUGAUACGUGGCGAUGAGUCGAGAGCAGGCGAAGAGGGGGAAGCAAGAGAAAAGCUGUGAUGGUGCUGAGAAGGUUAUUGUUGCUGUUAAGGCGUCGAAGGAAAUUCCAAAGACUGCUCUUGUUUGGUCAUUGACUCAUGUUGUUCAACCUGGUGAUUGCAUUACGCUGCUUGUUGUUGUUCCUUCCCAAAGUUCAGGUAGAAGAUGGGGUUUUCCUAGAUUUGCUGGUGACUGUGCCAGUGGAAUGAAGAAGUAUCCUCCAGGAACAGUUUUAGAGCAGAAGAGUGAUAUCACUGAUUCCUGCUCUCAGAUGAUCCUUCAGCUCCAUGAUGUCUAUGAUCCGAAUAAGAUAAAUGUCAGGAUUAAAAUUAUUUCUGGAUCGCCUUGUGGAUCAGUGGCCGCAGAAGCCAAGAAAGGACAAGCUAGUUGGGUUGUUUUAGACAAACAUCUCAAGCAUGAGGAAAAGAGAUGCAUGGAAGAGUUGCAGUGUAACAUUGUUGUUAUGAAGCGUACUCAACCGAAAGUGCUUCGUUUGAACUUGAUUGGAGCACAAAAGAAGGAAGUUGAAGAAGCUGGUACAUCACCUUCUGAGCAAGGUGAUAUACCUGAAAAGCAAUCCGAAAACAAAUUGGAUUCUUUAGUAGAUUCUAUCAAAGGACCAAAUGUUACUCCAACUAGCAGCCCUGAGCUAGGGACGCCAUUCACCACUACUACUGAAGCCGGUACUUCAUCAGCUUCAAGCUCUGAUCCCGGAACAUCACCGUUCUGUAUCCCAGAGAUGAAUGGUGAGAAAAAGAAAGAAGAAACCAUUAAGGAAAGUCAUGAACUUUGUGAUACAUCAGACACAGAAAGUGAAAGUUUGUCGACAUCUUCAGCUAGCUUUAGAUACCAACCGUGGAUCACAGAAUUGCUUUUACAUCAACAAUCAUCUCAACGCAACGGAGAAAGAUCAGAUGCGUAUCAUGGUAUGCCUCAAGCAACUACAACCAAAGCUUUGUUAGAAAAGUAUUCUAGGCUUGAUAGAGGAGCUGGAAUGGAAAUGUCGGCAGCAUAUAGAAAUGACUCGGAUUUUAGUGGUAAUUUAAGAGAAGCAAUAGCAUUACCAGGAAAUGCUCCACUUGGUCCACCUCCGUUGUGUUCAAUAUGUCAACACAAGGCACCUGUUUUUGGAAAACCUCCAAGGUGGUUCAGCUAUGCUGAGUUGGAACUCGCUACCGGUGGAUUUUCACAAGCCAACUUCUUGGCAGAAGGAGGCUAUGGAUCGGUUCAUCGAGGGGUUCUACCAGAAGGGCAGGUCAUUGCUGUCAAGCAACAUAAAUUGGCUAGUUCUCAAGGUGAUGUCGAAUUUUGCUCUGAGGUAGAAGUUCUAAGCUGUGCUCAACACCGAAAUGUUGUUAUGCUGAUUGGAUUCUGUAUAGAGGAUAAGAGAAGGCUUCUUGUUUACGAGUACAUAUGCAAUGGAUCAUUGGAUUCACAUUUAUAUGGGCGACAAAGAGAUCCAUUAGAAUGGUCCGCGCGGCAGAAAAUUGCUGUUGGGGCUGCUCGCGGGUUAAGGUAUCUUCACGAAGAGUGCAGAGUUGGUUGUAUCAUCCACCGCGACAUGAGGCCAAAUAACAUUCUCAUAACUCAUGAUUUUGAACCUCUGGUUGGUGAUUUUGGAUUGGCAAGGUGGCAACCUGAUGGAGACAUGGGUGUGGAUACUAGAGUAAUUGGAACAUUUGGGUAUUUGGCUCCUGAAUAUGCUCAAAGCGGUCAAAUCACCGAAAAAGCCGAUGUUUAUUCCUUUGGGGUUGUAUUGGUGGAGCUCGUUACCGGUAGAAAAGCUGUCGAUCUCACUCGGCCAAAGGGACAACAGUGCCUUACUGAGUGGGCGCGGCCACUUCUAGAAGAAUAUGCCAUUGACGAACUGAUUGACCCGAGGCUUGGACGUCUCUAUUUAGAGCAUGAGGUCUAUUGCAUGUUGCAUGCUGCUUCAUUGUGCAUAAGGAGAGAUCCUCAUUCUAGACCCCGCAUGUCACAGGUUCUCCGAAUUCUAGAGGGAGACAUGGUGAUGGACACAAAUUACAUUUCAACUCCAGGCUAUGAUGUUGGAAACAGGAGCGGUCGCAUUUGGUCAGAGCCACUGCAGAGACAGCAUCAUUACAGUGGUCCCCUAGUAGAAGAUUCAUUGGAGUCAUCAUUCAGUGGAAAGCUAUCUAUUGACAAGUACAAACCCUCCUAUUGGGAUAGGAGUAGUAGGGACAAGCCUAUAAGGGCCUCAUCAGAAGAUGAUAUUUGAAGCAAAGUGGUCGACCAUGAAAAUUGAAUUAUAUUUAUGCUAAAUAUGUUUAUCGUUAGUUAUUACCCUCCUAUUUUUGUUCUGUUUUUUUUGCAUUAGGAAGUGUCGGUACUACAUAGAUAUCUGUGUAUAGCAGAGUGAGAGUGAAAGUGAAAGUUGUAUAAGUAUAGAAGCUUUUGAAUUUGUUUAGCGAAAUUAUGUAAAACUAGUGCUUCAAUGAACUUCAUUGAUUACACACAUUUGAGAUAUUUGUAUGGUCUCUACAAAUGGAUGAAAUUGAAAUAGCUUUUUCUGUAAGGUGGUCCAAAUCUCUCUCUCUCUAGAAUUGCUAUUAUGUGCAUGGACUUGCAUGUGAUGAGAAACAAAUUUGUGAUGAUGAUUGUCUUCUGAAGUAGCAAUCAAUGACAAUGAUAACACAUAACCACAGUUACCUUUAAACAUUA